GUCCUCACCGGGUUUUUGUUCCCCAUUCCCCCAUGGACCUGGAGCUGGGUCACCGGGUCAGGAUCAUGCUGCCGUCGGGACGGGUCAGCACGGGAACGAUCCGUUACCUGGGCCACCUGCAGGGGGAGGCAGAGCUCCAUCUGGGGGUGCAGCUGCUGACACCUGAUCACGGAUUGCAUGAUGGCAGCCACAGGGGACACAGCUACUUUGAAUGCAAUCCUGGCUAUGGCGCCUUUGUACCUUUCAACAAACUACUGAUGGCCUGGGAGUGACAGAAGUACAGGCUCCUGAUUUAG